UCAUCAUCCCGCACCUCACAUCACUCUUCACUUCAAGUUUGUCAAGACACGAUGUGGCGAACCAAGCCAAAGCGAGACGAAGACUACCCAGCCCUUUCACACAUAUACCAGAGCGCCAUUCGAUCCUGCCAAUGGCAGCCUUCGUUUCCUCGGUUCGACCGAUGUGUCACUUCGGCAGGAGAGGUUCCAAAGGUCCGCAUCCCCGACUAUUCUCGGGGCGAGAAUUAUUUUAUCUGGCCCGACGACAGCGACGGUGAUGGCGACAAAGAAGAACACGGCCAUGACGGCGGUGAGGCCAUCACGCCCUUGGGUUGUUCUACCGGCGGGGCCAGCUCUCGAAAUACCAGUUCCACCGCUGGAGCUGGCGCCUCUUGUUUCCUUGGUGCCCUUCCCCUCGAGAUCGUGAGGCUGAUCGUCGGCUUCCUCGUCCCUACCGGCUGUAUUGUUGAGUUUCUCAAGUGCCGCCAAUGGGGCCGCCCGUGGGACCACGGUAUAUAUCCUCGGUCAAAACUUGACUGGGCUUUUGUGCCGAUCGGAAAUCUUCAUGCUGUUGUGCAUCAGAUGGCGCCGUCGAUCCUGGCCCCAUCAAUAGACCUUGGCCUCGCUUACACCAACCGCGCCUUCAACUCCAUCGUCUUCGAGCAGUUCUACGGCAACAAUUACUUCAUAUUCCACCUCUCCACCGCCGAGGUCGGAGUCGAAAUCAAGUCGGACAACUUCAACGCAUGGCAGUCCUGCUCACGCAAGUUUGGACGCCACCCCACCUCUGACCCCCAGUCCUUCGUAGAGAAUCCCGCCUUUGGCUCGCUGGGCCCACUUUCUAGCCGGACCGCAAAAUAUCUUCGGUCAGUCAUGCUGGUGGUGUCAUCGCCGUGGCGGCCGGUAAAGAACCAGGGCGUGCAUCAUCUUACGCCAAUCGUCUCUGGCGCUGUUGACAUUCUCCUCGGCUCUGGCAACAUCAGCGAAGCAGCUCAGCUCGAGCAGCUAGACCUACAUUUUGCUGCCGAGCCAGAGUUCUACUACCAGCGCUACUACCACAUCAUCGAAGGUUUGCAUGUGAAUUUCGACCAGGAAAAGGGUAAGAUGGUUGUCGAGUUCAAGUCCGAGCCGAUGCAUCGCUCGCAGCUCGACGAUCGAGUCCCACCCUCGCACACUAAGCUGCUGGCUCCGGCCGAACAGCUCCUCAGACUGCGCCAGGUCGGCCGGGUGUCAGUUUCCGGGGAUAUAAAGGAAAGCUUCACGAGAAGGCUCCAGGAAACUGUUACUCGCAAUGAAGACGGCGAGGGGAUGGAGACUAAGCGAUCGCUGAGAACGAAGCGCCGCAAAUUGAACCAGUAGGCGAGGUGGACAGGCGCACAGCCUUGUCUUGGGAAUUUUGGUCGUUAUGGAGGGGAGAUUUUCACUCUUUAAUUAAUUCUCUGGUCGUGGGAACAAUCACUAUCGAGCAGUUGGAUGAGAUUUUGUAUCUAGACUCGCCGAACCAUAUUCGAGACAAACACAGCCCCAUAGCGAACAACUACAGAAAACGUGGCAUCCACGUAACAUGAUUUCGCGGAUGCAGCCAUUGGCUUUAGGAGGUGGAGUAAAAUGGACAACUCAGAUAGAUAGCCUCGGAAUGAAUAUAAUUUUCAUCCCCCG